AUGAGUGUGAGGUGGGAGACGGAGGGACUGCAGACGGUUGGCAUCGUCUGCCUGGUGAUCAUGUUCCUCAAACUGAUGCACCUGCUGGGCCUGAUCGACAUCACAGAGACUGACAGCAGCGACAGCGAUUUGGAGCUGUCGACAGUGCGUCACCAGCCGGAGGGGCUGGACCAGCUGCAGGCUCAGACCAAGUUCACCAGGAAGGAGCUUCAGUCCCUCUACAGAGGCUUUAAGAACGAGUGUCCCAGUGGGUUGGUUGAUGAGGAGACAUUCAAGACCAUCUAUUCUCAGUUCUUUCCCCAAGGAGAUGCGACCACUUAUGCUCACUUCCUGUUCAACGCGUUUGACAUAGACAGAAAUGGCUCGAUCCGCUUUGAGGACUUUGUCAUCGGCCUGUCUGUGUUGCUCAGAGGCUCGGUCACUGAGAAGCUCAACUGGGCCUUUAACCUCUAUGACAUUAAUAAAGAUGGCUAUAUCACCAAAGAGGAGAUGCUGGCGAUUAUGAAGUCAAUCUAUGACAUGAUGGGGAGAUACACCUAUCCAUGUGUGCGAGACGAGGCUCCCUCUGAACACGUGGAGAAGUUCUUCCAGAAAAUGGACAAAAACCGAGAUGGUGUAGUGACCAUUGAGGAGUUCAUCGAGACCUGUCAGAAGGACGAGAACAUCAUGAACUCCAUGCAGCUGUUUGAGAAUGUGAUUUAA